UGUCUUGUUGUGUUUGUGUGAUAUAUUCGAUUAUAUUUGUCCUGAUCGUUUUUUCUUUUGGAAAGAUUGAAAAUUUUUUGAAUAAUCCAAUUUAAAACGAUGGCCAAUUUACUUCGUACCGCUUAUAUUCGUCGUGCAAUGAUGAUGAAUCCGACAUUGUUCAAGUACACCGCAAUUCGAGCAUUAUCGGCUGCACCGGCACCAAAACCAAAUCCACAUGGCUGGAAAUCAUGGAAAGAUAUACCGGAUUCUGAAUUGCCAGCAUGUCCAGAUCCAACGAAUCCAUUGUAUGAAUUGCAGCAAUAUAAAAAUAUUCAAAAGAAACGUAUCUGGUAUCAGAUGAAUGAACAUAUUCCAAUCUAUUUCCGUGAAGGAACCAAGGAUAAAGUUUUGGUUUCACUUUAUGUUGUCAUGUUGUUUUCACUAUUAUCAUAUGAAUAUUAUAUGAUUGUUACAAAGGUUGCUGUUUGAACACAAAAAAAAAUAACAACAGACCGUGAUGGCUAAAAAAAAGUGAAUGAAUGUGUUAAAUUCGAAAAAAAAUAGA